AUGAAGGCCAACUCGGAUAAUAAAAAUAUAGAUUCAAGCUAUGUAGACCAAAUAAUAGUUAAUAUAAUAAAAGAAAUGACCCAAGCGGUAAUGUUAGACAAAAUUUAUGACAAAGCUGAUUUAGGAAAAAUAAUGAGGAGUAAAUUUUUUAAGGAUUCAUGUAUUAGACAUGAAUUUAGCAAAACUUUUAAUAGGAGCACCAGUUUUAGGCACAAUAAUAAUAAUAGAAUCAAAGAAUAUAAUAACGUACAAGCAAGUCAUAGUUUUAAACGGAAUAAAAGUAGUAAUGAAGGUUAUCAAUACAGUAAUAAUACAGAUCCUAAUUCGGGACAAAUAAGGAACUACAAUAAUAAUCAGGUAGGUAAUAAUUAUAAUAACUACGGGUUUACGCGUAAUUCGGGCCAAUAUCGCCAAACACAUCACCGGAAUUAUGAUAGACCAACACAAAAUGAACCUAUGGAAGUAGAAAACAGAAAGAGACAAGACUGA